GAUGUCUGGCCACCACCAACGCUCGGUGAAGAGGAGGAGAUGGGGAGGUCUGAGGCAGCAAUGGAAACUUCUGGGCUUGUUUGAGAUCGACCAGCAGCACGAGUUCUACGGCCUGACCUGCAUGAUGAAGGAGGGACUGGCAGCAGCCAUCCAAAGCACCAUAGACAACGCACCCAUAAAUGAAGUGUCAGACGAUGAUUUCAGAUUAGAGGUCACUCAGAUUCAUAAGGACUUUACAAUGGAGACCUUUGCAGGUCCGGUGUUUGCCAGCCUGCGUGGCUCUUUGGGGAUGACAGAGCAGGAGUAUCAGAAGUCUCUGUGCUCUGAAAACUGCUACCUCCAGUUCAUCAGCAACUCCAAGAGCAAGGCCGACUUCUUCCUGACAAAUGAUAAACGCUUCUUUCUGAAGACCCAGAACAAAAGAGAGAUCAAAUUUCUUCUGUCCAACCUGAAGAUCUACAUGGAGCAUCUGAGGAAGUACCCCCACUCAUUGCUAGUCAAGUUCCUAGGUGUCCACAGGAUCAAGAUCCCACACAGACGGAAGAAAUACUUCAUUGUUAUGCAAAGUGUGUUUUAUCCAGAUGAUCGGAUCAAUGCCAGGUACGACAUUAAGGGCUGUGAGGUGAGUCGAUGGACGGACCCCUCACCAGAGGGGAGCCAGAUUAUUGUGGUUCUCAAAGAUCUGAACUUUGAGGGCCAGUACAUCACUCUGGACCAGCAGCGUCCCUGGCUCCUACAGCAGGUGGAGAUCGACACACACUUCCUGCGGAGGCUCAAUGUGCUGGACUACAGUCUCCUCCUGGCCCAUCAGCCCUUGCACAACGACGAGCGCCACCAGAGUCUUUCCUUUGCAACUCUCAUCAUGAGAACAAAAAAAUCUGUGAAUCGAGGCUCCAGUCCCGUUCAUGCAGGCGUAGCUGCUGUCCCUGGGGAAGUCCCAGAGGAUGAUGCCAUCUUGCUUCUAUCUGAAAUAGAUGGCACAUGUUUGAAGCAACCACGAGCAGGAGAUGCAUCAAGUGGUAGCACUCUUCAAGUGUGUCCAAAGCAUGCUGGGCCAGGCAACGAUGCAACUGAGCUCUCUGACUUCAAGGCCCAAAACCGACGUUUACUACCCAACCUGAAGAAUCCUCUGCACAUCAUCGAUGGGCCUGAGCAGCGCUACUUCAUCGGCAUCAUUGACAUUUUCACAGUUUACAGCUUUAAGAAGAGGCUGGAGCAUUUGUGGAAGAGGCUGAGACAUCCAGGCCGGUCCUUCUCCACCGUCAGUCCACAGACUUACUGCCUCAGGCUCUGUCAGUGGGUACAGGACCACACCAAGUAGACCCUGGUUGAGAGGUGGAGACUCACCACCCACUCUUACUGAGCAUGUCUAAACAACCAAAGUCCUGAACAAAUGAAGCAAGUUUACCUACAUCUGUUCCAUGGGUCAAAUCACCAUGUGUAAAAUACAAGCCUGACCUCUGUGGCAGUAUAUCUGUGCACAGUGAACGUUUUCAGCACUGGAAAAUAUUUUGUGGAGAAAU